GUGACCCAAAUAGCAAGACGGGAAGACAUUUGUUGCACGUGGACCUGGAGAUCAAAUUCAGUAGUCCAAAAUUUGUCCUCUACUUGCUAAGAAAUAUCAAAGCUCAAUAAAACGUCUCAAACGGUGUCCUUGUAAGCCAUUUACCGCACGAGAAUUUCAACUUAUUUUAAAAGACAAUUUCUGUAUUUAAUUAGAUACCUGAAAUGAAAAUGAAAUUAGAGAAACAAAAAAUGCAAGGCAAAUCAAAUUCCCCCCUCAUGAAUUUGUACCUCUCCUCCCCAUUAUCCGUCACUUUUCUGCUUUAUUGGAAAUCGUUUUCAGAGUGUUCUAUAUAGAGUUUAUCUGAGAAGCAAAGAAUUUGGAAAUAUAGGAGCCAAAUUUGGUGAUUCGGAGGGAAGGGAAGGGAAGCGAAGGGAGGAGAGCAUAGAGAAAUGUUGUCAAGCCGGGAGAUUCUCAAUUUUUUGGCAAACAAAGAUGUUAGGAAACUGCUCAAGCGCAAAGGUAGUGAUGCUAACGAAACAGGAAGAGCUCUGGAAGAGUUGCGAGCCUCCCUGUUUAACAAUAUUUGCUCAUCUGAAAAUGCAAAGCAUCUACAGCAACGUCUUUGCACUCCAAGUGUUGCUCUUACAUUCAAUUUUGUGGUUGCUAUUGGUAUUAUUUUCAUGAACAAAUGGGUGCUAAAAAAUGCCGGCUUCCAGUUUCCCGUACUCCUCAGUUUUAUUCAUUACGUAGUAACUUUGGCAUUUAUAGCCGUCCUGAAUGCAUUGUCUUUGAUUCCUCCCUCUCCUCCUUUAAAAUCGACCCCUUUAUUUACUCUUGGACUGGUUAUGUCUCUUUGCACUGGCCUUGCUAAUGUCAGCUUGAAGUAUAACAGCGUGGGAUUUUAUCAGAUGGCCAAGAUCGCUGUUACGCCUACAAUUGUUCUGGCAGAAUAUACAUGGUAUAAAAAGAAGGUUUCUUUCCCCAAGGUCGUUGCACUUGCAGUCGUAUCGAUUGGUGUGGCUGUUGCUACGGUGACUGAUCUGCAGUUCAACCUCUUCGGUGCCAGCGUAGCAUUGUCUUGGAUAAUUCCAAGUGCAAUAAGCAAGAUUCUCUGGUCCAGUCUGCAACAGAGGGAGAAUUGGACUGCCUUGGCGUUAAUGUGGAAGACGACGCCCAUCUCUUUGCUUUGUCUGCUUAUUAUGAUUCCCCUCUUAGAUCCUCCUGGAGCCCUCUCCUACAAUUGGAAUUUUAUCAACACAUCCAUGAUUUUAAUCACUGGUGUUUUCGGCUUCUUGCUUCAGUGGUCAGCAGCUUUGGCACUCGGGGCAACGUCAGCCAUCUCCCAUGUGGUUCUUGGACAAUUUAAAACUUGCGUGCUGCUUCUGGGAAAUUAUUACAUCUUCGGUUCAAAUCCAGGCAGAACCAGUAUAUGCGGAGCCUUUGUAGCUAUUGCUGGUAUGUCGUUUUACACAUACCUCAAUUUACAAAAUGGGAAGCUGAAAUCAGGGAAAGAAUCUCCUCGAAAGGACGAUCAAGAAAGCAAGGAUAACCGUGAUACAUUUAAUGGAGGACCUGCUUAAUCGGACUUUUAGACAUACCUCUUAUACAUACGAUGAGAAAAUUCCCCAUCUUACCAUACUAUAUAUUGUUCAUGUGAGCAUUUGUUUUACUGAGAGCUAAUGCAAUUGUUUGUCAUUUAUAUAGGUUUCAAUGGUUUUCUAUAACCCACU